AUGGAUCCAAGCGGCAACCCAGUUCCCGCCUUAUGGCAGGAGGCGAAAAAUGCAGAUGGUCGCGUUUACUAUUACAAUUUACAGACCAAAGCUACACAAUGGAACAAGCCUAAAGAAUUGAUGACUCCGGUUGAGCUUGCUCUGGCAAACCAACCAUGGAAGGAACAUACUACAGAUGCUGGACGCAAGUACUGGUACCACGCGGAGACCAAGCAGAGCACAUGGGAGAUGCCUGCGGUUUACAAAGAUGCGCUUGCGCAGGCGACUGCUACCCAAGCACCCCCCGCUGCUCCUUCUUUUGUGGCUGGCGGGACUUCUUUCUCGCAACCUCAGCUACGUGACCGAGAAGACUUUGACCGAGGCGACCGAGGCGAUCGUGGUGACCGCGGUGAUCGGGGAUAUGGCGACCGACGCGGUGGAUACGGAUCGUAUGAAACGAGCGGCGUAGUUGCUGCUCCCGAAUACAAGUCGCAAAUGGAUCCCGAUUACCAUUCCCUCGAGGAGGCGGAGAGCGCCUUCAUGAAGCUCCUCAAACGCCACAACGUGCAGCCCGAUUGGACCUGGGAAGAUACAAUGCGCGCUACGAUCAAGGACCCGCAAUACCGAGCUCUCAAGGACCCCCGAGACCGUAAGGCAGCAUUCGAAAAAUACGUGGUCGAAGUCCGCAUGCAGGAAAAGGAACGGGCAAAAGAAAGAUUCGCCAAGCUGCGCGCAGAUUUCAACACGAUGCUGAAACGGCACCCUGAAAUCAAAUACUACAGCCGCUGGAAGACGAUUCGUCCGAUCAUUGAGGGGGAGACCACAUUCAGGUCUACCAACGAGGAAGGCGAAAGACGUCAGCUAUUCGAAGAUUACCUCCUUGAACUCAAAAAGGCUCACACCGAGCAAGAGGCUGUCACGCACAAGGCCGCUAUGGAUGAGUUGACGACCAUCUUGGGCUCGCUUAACCUGGAGCCAUACACGCGUUGGUCUGAGGCUCAAGCUAUCAUUCAGUCUGACAGCAAGUUCCAAAGCGAUGAUAAGUUCAAAUCUCUGAGCAAGUGUGACAUUCUGACUGCCUUUGAAAAUCAUAUCAAGUCCCUAGAGCGGGCUUUCAACGAUGCUCGCCAGCAGCGCAAGGCCGCCAGGUUUAGAAAAGAGCGCAAGAACCGAGAGCAGUUUGUGGCCCUCCUCAAUGAGCUCAGAGCUCAAGGUAAGAUCAAGGCGGGUGCCAAGUGGAUGAAUAUCUGCCCGCUCAUCAAGGAUGACCCCAGAUACCACGGCAUCCUGGGCCAGCUUGGCUCAACCCCUCUUGAUUUGUUCUGGGAUAUGGUGGAAGAAGAAGAGCGCGCUUUGCGUGGACCUCGGAACGAUGUGCUCGAUGUUCUGGAUGACAAACGAUAUGAAGUUACGGCUGACACAACAUUCGAUGAAUUCAAUUCUAUCAUGUCCGCCGACCGCCGCACCUCCCAGAUCGACACUGAUAUCCUCAACCUCAUUUUCAAGCGUAUCCAAGAAAAGGCGAUCCGUCGCACAGAGGAUGAGAAGCAUGCCGCCGAUCGUCAACAGCGUCGCGCCGUGGACGCACUGCGUUCUCGCAUCAAGCGCCUGGAGCCGCCUGUCCGGGUCACCGACACCUGGGCUGAAGUUCAACCUCGUCUUGAGAAAUACGAAGAAUACAAGGCCCUGGAGUCCGAUGAGCUUCGGGAGUCUGCCUUUGAAAAAGCCAUUCGCCGCUUGAAAGAAAGAGACGAGGAUGCAGAGAAGGAUCGCGAAGCAUACGCUCAGACCCGUGGAGGUCGGCGGGAUUACGACCGUGGCGACCGUGAAUACCGUGGCGGACGUGGAGAACGACGAGGCCCCAGUGGCCAGGGCAAUCGCACCCCGGAAAUGGAUGCAUACGAAGCAGACCGUCGCAAGGCACAGGCUGAUCGCGAACGAACCUACCGCAAGGUCAGCGGCAUCUCCCCAUCUCGUGACCGUCGCGAUGGAGACCGUUAUCGUAGCCGAGACUUUGACCGUCCCCGCAUGAGAGACCCAGACCGACGCGAAGACGAGCGCGAGCGCCUGUACCGCACUCGUGGUGACCCCCGUGGAGGUCGAGAUGAACUUGAUUAUGGUGGUGGUGUUGAUACCCGCAGCGUGGCUAGCGGUGACCGUCGACGCCGACGUGACAGUGAUGCCGAGAGUGUGGCUAGCCGCUCUAUUAAGCGGUACCGACGUGACAGCCGUGAGCCAGAGCGCAGUAAGGGCCCGAGAGCGCCCCGACGGGAACCCUCUGCAAUCCCGGAAGAAGAACCCAAGGAAGCGAAGAAGGAUGAGAAGGCCAUUCACUCUGGCAGCGAGGAAGGAGAGAUUGAAGAGGAGUAG